UCUUUGCCUUCUCUUCCAAGCCUUAUUGUUUGCUUGGCUUUCUCCUUUGCUCCUUGGUAGACCUUCUCUUAGAUUACAGCGGGCAUGAGGGCCGUAACCGGAGGGCUCGACUCACCACGACCGGCGGGCCGGCGGUGAGCGUAUGGGGCGAACCGCGAGGUGGCUCCGGGGGCUCCUUCCGAGGAAGAAGGCUGAUCCCCGCGAGCCACCGCUGGAACAGAAGGAUAAACGGAGAUGGGGUUUCGUGAAGUCGUUCCGCGAGAAAGAGCUACGGAGGGGAGAACCGCCUCCGCCGACGCCGCUGGAGGCGUCGCCGGCGGUCUCCGAGGAGCGGAAGGGGUCGUACAGGGAGACGCCGAGGUCGUACGUCAUGGUGGCCGAGGGGCGGCAGAACGAGCGGGCCAUCGCGGUCGCAGCAGCGACCGCGGCAGCGGCGGAGGCCACCAUGGCCGCGGCGCAGGCGGUGGCCGUGGUGGCAAGGUUGACGAGCAGCCGGCUGACUGUGGUGGGGCUCGCAGGCGGAAAGCGGGAGGAGUGGGCGGCGGUCAAGAUCCAGUCUGCACUGCGGGGUUAUCUGGCAAGGAGAGCGCUGAGAGCGUUAAGAGGGCUGGUGAAGCUCCAGGCUUUGGUGAGAGGCAACAUCGUUAGGAAACAGGCUGCACAGACUCUGCGGUGCAUGGAGGCACUGGUGAGAGUCCAGGCUCGAGCUCGUGCAUGCCGAGCCCUUCGCUCCGAGAGGAGCAGCUCCGACAAGUGCCCUCCUCCACGUGCUGGACCUCCGACUCCCGAGAAAUAUGAACGAACUGUUCGAGCAAAUGCUUCAAAUUCUGAUAGGUCUUGCGCUCUCAAGAGAAUCCCCUCGAACAACGCCGGAAACAUCGCUGCAUGGAACAUGUUCCAUCGAUGGAUGGAGGAAAGGUAUUGGAACAGCCGAGAAGCCGCCGCCAAAAAAGCAGGAAGCUCUGCAUCGAUGGAUGACGAGAGGAGUUCUAAGAUCCUGGAAGUAGAAGACCCUGUGAAGACACAACUCACUCACGAGAGGAACAACCACCAUCAGUGCGCUUGCUCCACCUUGACCCCGGAUCGAAAGAGCCAUAGCUUUACUGCAGUUCAAGACUCACCAUUAAAGGACUUCUCAACCCUUCAACAGUCUGUUCGUAGCCCACCCUCCGUCGCCAUGCAGCGAUGCCUGAGCUCCAUGAGGUUCCCUUUCGAGUCCGUGGACUUCGUUGCAAGCCCACAGUUCCUCUACACCUCAUCCCGUCGCGGAGACGCGCGGAAGGGUUGCUUCACGCCAUCGAAGAACGAGUGCGCUCGGAGCCUGUUCGAUGGAUCCGCAGACCACCCGAACUACAUGGCGAACACGGAAUCUUCCAGAGCGAAAGCGCGGUCUCAGAGCGCGCCAAAGCAGAGGCCUGAGAACGAUAAGUCCGGCUCCGGCUCACUCCAGAGGUCAUCAGCUCUGCACGCCAAGCUCGCGAACAGAGCUUACACAGGAGCGGGCAGGUUGGAUAGCUUGGGGAUGCCCCCAGGAAUCUGAUGAUGAGCUUAAACCGUGGGUGUGUUCUUAGGGGGUUAACUUCGUCUUCCUUUUGGUGUCUGAUGAGAUCAGGCCAGCGAUGUAAUGUUUAGCUUUGUGUCUUGUACUCUGUGUUGGCUUAUAUUAAUGGUAAGUUGUGCUGAUAAGUCAAUCAAGUCAAAGAACAAACUUUGUAGGCGCCAUGAUGGAGAAUUGACUGGUGUUGGUGGGUGAC